AAAAUAUUUAGGAGCCUCUCUUCUUCUCUUUGUGACCGUUACGAAUCCAAAAAACAAAAUUGCAAACUUUGUGAGGAAGAAGAAGACGACACAGUAAUGAAGGAUACAAUCUCAAACCCUAGUUUGGAAUCUCUGCUUUUUCCUGUUAAUCCAAUGUCAGAUACACAACAAAAACUCAAGCUUUUGGUUGAUAACGGUGAUUACGGAUUCGAGAGAGGAUCUAGAUAUGGAGAAUACGCGAGAUUACGAGAAUCAAAACUUCGUAUGAAACGAGACUUCGAGAAGAUUCUAAAGGAAGAACAAGUGAGAUUUGGGUUCACCAGAGAAGAAGAAAUCAGGGUUUUGCCGGAGAAGAAGACGAGAUUCGGAUUUAACCCUAAUCAGAGGAAAACGUCGUCGUCUUCUUCUUCUUCGUUGGCUCAAUCUGUUCCUGAUUUCUCUUCUAUGAUUCGUAAAGAGAAUCGUCGACCACCAGUUAAUUCGAAUUUGCUUCCUCGGAGAACAGAACUUACUCCACCGUCGAUGAAGAGUAGAAACGCCGCCGUUUUCGCUGGAUCUGUGAUUAGAGGAAGUGUUUCAGCGAGUGCUGGUGAGAAGAAAGGUAUUGGGAUGAUGCGUAAAAGCUACGCUGCUGUUGAUGAUCUUAAGAAAAUAUCAAUGGCUGCUGCUUCCGCCAUAAACGGCGGUGGAGGAAAAAGGAGAUCAAUUGGCGGCGGAGGAGGAAGGAAAUCACUUGGCGGCGGUGGUGGUGGUCGGACUAUUCUAGGUUACAGACAAAUUUAUUGAUUCUUUUGUUCUUGUUUGUGUCCAAACUCUAACAUUUGUGUUCAAAGUUUGUUUUUUUGUGUGUUUAAUUGGUUUUGAUUGAUAAAGAUUAGUCCUUUUCAGAUUUUGGUUUUGUGAUUGAUAGAUUUUGUAUACAAGUAACGACUAAAACUUGCAUAGUUGUUAUCAGAAAGCUAAUAAACAUUAUAGUUGAAA